AGUUGAUAUUAAAGCUGAUGCUCAACAAUGUAUUUGUUAUCUUGCAUUAUAAAUUCUUAUGGACUGUGCUUUUAGUUAACAUUGGUUCCAUCUGUAUACUCUUUUGUCUCCAUCAGUAUAUUUCAAGUGAGCAAAUCAUCAACAAUAUAACACUGUACAUUGAUUAUUUCUUUUGUUUCCUUCUUUUUUUUAACCUCUGGGCUGCCAGCCAAUGACACACCAGCUGUAGAGAGGGAGCUCCCUUUAACAACCAACCAUACAUUUCCAGUGCUAACACUGUACAACAGUCAGACAUUUGGACAUGUAAUAUUCAACGUACACAGAACAUAUCCCUGACAAUGACUGUUUUAACCUUUGUACAGCAUUGCAUCCUGUUUUCUAAAUAUAGUUUAUAAUUUUGACAGUUUUGAUUUUGGAGGAUUACUGCAAAAUGAGUAAUACAUCUAAUUUAGUUAUAUUUUCACUGUCUGGCUUCAGUGCCACUGUCAACUACAAAGUUACAUUUUUCUCUUUGACUUUACUGUGUUAUUGUCUAAUCGUGGUGGUAAAUGUGUCUCUCAUUUUAACCAUAAUUUUGGAUCAAAAUUUACAUAAACCCAUGUACGUUUUUUUGUGUUCUUUGUGCAUCAAUGGACUCUAUGGAGCUGCUGGCUUUUAUCCUAAAUUUGUCUUUGAUCUGCUGUCUGACAUUCAAGUAAUAUCAUAUACAGCAUGCCUUUUGCAAGUCUUUGUUAUAUACUCCAAUUCACAAAUCGACUACUCUAUUCUAGUUCUAAUGGCCUAUGACAGAUAUGUGGCCAUAUGUCGACCUCUGGAGUAUCACUCUGUGAUGUCUGUGCAAAGGAUUGCUGUGUUAAUUGGUUUGUCCUGGCUUGUACCUUUCUGCUCUGAAGGUAUGAUUAUAACUUUGACAUCCAUACUGAAAUUAUGUGGCUCCCACAUAGAUAAACUCUAUUGUGAGAACUGGUCAGUUGUUAAACUUUCCUGUGGCUCAACAAGAGCAAAUGACAUAGUUGGAUUGAUUGUUCUUGCUUUCUAUUGUGCUCAUGUCCUCUUGAUUGUAUGUUCAUAUGUGCAGUUGGUACAGUCAUCUUUAAAAUCCAAAGAGGGGAGGAGAAAGUUUACUCAGACAUGUGUGCCACAUCUGUUAUGUCUGUUCAAUGUCACAGCUGCUUUGCUUUUUGAUAUUAUGUACUCGAGGUAUGGAUCAGCAUCCAUGCCACAGAAUUUAAGGAACUUCAUGGCCAUACAAUUUCUUAUAAUUCCACCGAUUAUAAACCCUAUUAUUUAUGGACUGAUCCUGACUAGAAUUCGAAACAGAAUGAUAUAUUUGUGUAUGAUGGCAGGUCAAAGAUUUAAAUCGAGAUUCAAGGUUUAG